GGCCAGCCCUCACGAAAGCUAUUAGAAAGCUGGUAUAGUUCUGUAUUUAUUAUUAAUAAGAUCAGUAAUAUCUACAAGAUUCAUCUUUCUGAAGAUAUAUGUGUAUACCCUGUUUUCUAUUCUGAAAAGCUCUAUCUAUAUAAUAUAUUUAAUCUAUUACCAGGACAGAUCCAAGACGCUGCCAUAUCCAUUAAAGUUAAUAAUCAGAUAAAAUAA